AUGGUGGAAGUUAUCGAAGUCUCUCUUGAGGAAACAAACAAGCUACGAGCUCAACUAGGCCUACCUUUGAUUACACCCAAAAGACCAGAACCAAAUGAAGAGCGACGAGAUCUAAGUCUCAAGGAAACGAACAAACUUCGAGCCAAGAUUGGCCUCAAACCAAUCCCAUCGGCUCAACCACCCCAAGCCGAAGCUGCACCACUAUCACCGUCACCACAGACGGAAAGUAGUGAGCAAAUAGAUUACAUGGCCGUCAAGUCACGGGUAUUAAAGGCGCGACAGACCAGUAUCAAGCGCAAGCUUGAACUUGAUUUUGAGAAUGAUGACGACUGGCUAGCGAAUCUAGGUAAGCCAGCUGUCAAAAAAGGAAAAAUCAAGCCGAGAGACAUACCAAACGAUGAUGACCUGGUCGUGGUUCACCACAGCGCUCAAGAAUUGGCUCUGAUGGGUGAGCGUACAGUGUUAACUAUGGGUAAUUCCGAUUUGGUUGAUAGCGAUGAGGAAGUCGGACUUCAUAACGAGCAACUGACACAACGCAAUCACGCAACGUCUACGAAACAGAAGAAUGAAAAUAUCACCACUGUUACGGCCUCAGGAGUUAAUGCCGUUGUUGAUAAUACGGAGACUCUGCCCAGCGCUCAAAAAGCUUACACGCUUGCAGAAUUACUUGAAGAUGACGCCACUCCUGCAGUGAAUAAGGAUUUCAAGCUGUCAAAGAUUAAGAGGCGCAAGAAACACAAAAGUGACAAUGUAAAAGUCACCCGACUCGACGAUGACAUAAAGUUUACUGCCCCUGUACUUUCUACAACAGCUGAUUUUCACGAUACUUGUGAUGAAGAAUUUGAGGCAGCCUUGGCAAAGUCUCGGCGCGUCAAACAAAAGCCGGUGGAUCUAAAGCUGAAGAUAGAGGAGCAUCGCGCGUGGGACGCUUCGGCGGAAGCAGAUACCGCCAUUGCUACGAUCACAUUUGACGAUUCUAGGUUUUUGUCGGACUUAAACUCCCACGAGCUCACGGAACAACCAACCAGCAACGGUAAUAGCGUAAAGCCUAUUAAUGAAGAAGCCGAGACUGACAUGACGUCUAGUGCCACUUCCGAUGAGACUACUCAGGCACAGGGCACAUUUCACUCGGUGGGCUCGAUAAUGAGCCACUUGAGAGCUCAAAAAUCUAUAGAAGAAAUCUCGGAGGAGCGGCAGGCCUCGGCGCGCCGAAUGCGGAGCGCCCAGCAACAUGCUCACAAGCUCAGGCUCGAGGUUGACAUUGAGAAACGAAUGUUACGAGAGGAACUUGCCAAAGACAAACUGUACAUGGCAAUGUCUAAUGAAGCUAAAGAAGAACAUUACGAGAAAAUGUUGGCGAUGAGACUCCAUCAAAAGCAGCUAAUCGCCCCGAAGACCUUGCUCCUGACAGAUGCCAGGGCUUAUAACCCGGUUGUCAAAAUUCGUCAUCUUGAUGACCAGGGCAAUGAGCUUCUGACAAAGCAAGCUUAUAAGCACCAAGCCCGCAUUUUCCACGGGACGGGCACUCGCAAACGGGCACCCCACAAGAACUAA